CGUAGACUUCAGGAUCACCCUGCGCAAAGGCUCUUGCUCUUGCUUUCAAGCAAUCAAACUUUGCUCUCCCCUUUCCAUCUUCACUCGCGCGUAUAUCAAGGAGCGCAGAGCUGAUCGUGGGCACAGACCGGAGUAGCCACGAUUAAUUUUCAUCAUGGCGUCCAGCGAUCCCAAUCGCUUCGAUGAUUCCGAGGAGGACGACGAUUUCAACCCUGCGCCUGCAGACAUGUCCGACGAUGAGCCUUCCAGCAGACGUCAGCGUGAUGACGACAAUGAGGACAACUCAUCGCCUGUCCGCUCGCGAAGAGUAGCGGAUGAUGGCAGCGACGAUGAGGAUGAAGACGAGGGGCCAAGCGAGAAGCGUCGACGAAGAAACGACGACGAUGAGGAUGAGGAUGAAGACGAAGAGGAGGGCGGUCGCAAAGGCAACGAGGACGAUGAUGAUGAGGAGGAGGAGGAGGAGGAAGAGGAAGACGAUGUGAACCAGGGCCACCGAAGAAAGCGACGCCGCGAUCGACGCAACGCCUUCCUUGAUAUCGAAGCCGAAGUCGACGACGAAGACGAAGACGGUGACGAAGAAAAGGACGGUGAAGAAAUAGGAGACUUCAUCGAAAACGAUGACGCCGAUGACAUUGCUGUUGGUGGUGGCGACGAGCGCAGACAUCGCGAGCUCGAUCGCCGCAGAGAAAUGGAAUCCAACCUGGACGCUGAGAAGCAGGCCGAGCUGUUGCGUGCCAAGUAUGGUAACCGCCGCUCCGGCAAGGGAUUUGGUGAAUCCGCCGUUAUCCCUAAGCGACUACUGCUUCCUAGCGUCGACGACCCCGGAAUCUGGGCCGUUCGCUGUAAGGAAGGCAAGGAGCGCGAAGUGGUUCUGUCCAUUAUGAAGCGCAUUGAUGAGCGUAUGGGCACUAAGGAUGAGCUGGCCAUCACUGCGGCAUUCGAGCGAGGCGGUACAAACUCAGUCAUGAAGGGCUUCAUCUACGUUGAGGCACAGAGACAAACAGACAUUCUUGUAUCCCUGGAUGGUAUCCUGAAUGUCUACCCACGCACCAAGAUGACACUUGUCGAUAUUAAGGAUAUGCCUGAGCUUCUUCGUGUCACCAAGACUCCUAUGCUGGAACCUGGAGCCUGGGUCCGCCUCCGACGCCCCUUGAAGCACAGCGGUGAUCUUGCCCAGGUUCUCGAUGUCACGGAAAACGGCCUAGAGGCUCGUGUGCGCUUUGUUCCUCGUAUAGAUUACGGCAUGCGCGACGACGGUCUCGGUGUUUCGGCUGAUGGAAAACGCAAGCGCCCAGCUGGUCCAGGUCCCCGUCCUCCCCAGCGACUGUUCAGUGAAAUUGAAGCCCGCAAGCACAACCCCCGAUAUAUCCAGGGCAACCCGACUACCAACACCUGGUCAUUCAUGGGUGAUGAGUUUGAGAACGGUUUCCAAGUCAGAGAUGUCAAGAUUCAGCAGCUGGUUGUCACCGAUGUGAACCCGACGCUGGAAGAAGUGACUCGUUUUGCUUCUGGAGCCGAAGAUGGUACAGAGAACCUGGAUUUGAAGGCACUUGCCGCCAGUCUCAAGGACAGCAACACCAACGUUGCCUAUCUACCCGGCGAUAUUAUCGAAGUGUACCAGGGCGAACAGAAGGGUGUUAUCGGUCGAGCCACCAAUGUUCAGGGCGACAUUGUCACCAUGACGGUGACGGAAGGCGACCUUACUGGCCAGACCAUCGAAGUGCCCACCAAGGGUCUACGAAAGCGCUUCAAGGUUGGUGACCACGUCAAGGUUGUUGGCGGCAGCCGCUUCCAGGAUGAAGUCGGUACCGUUGUCAAGAUUUCGGAAGACCGCGUCACCAUCCUUACCGACCACACCAACAACGAAGUCACAGUGUUCAGCAAGGAUCUCCGUGAAGCCAGUGAUAUCGGUGGACAGGGUUCCCUCGGACAGUUUGAGUUGCAAGAUCUUGUCCAGCUUGACCCAACGACUGUUGGUUGCGUUGUCAAGGUUGAUCGCGAAUCGCUUGUGGUGUUGGACCAAUUUGGCGAUGCUCGCCAGGUUAUGCCAUCCCAGAUUGCCAACAAGCUGCCCAAGAGAAAGCAAGCUGUCGCUGCUGACCGUAACGGUUCCGAAAUCCGCAUCGACGACGUUGUCAAGGAGUUCACUGGUCUCGAGCGCCAGGGUAAAAUUAUCCACAUCCACAGAUCCUACGUUUACUUGCAUACACACGACACGAAUGAGAAUGCUGGUGUCUUUGUCACCAAGGCCAGCAUGGUCAACACCAUUGCUGCCAAGGGCGGCCGUGUCAAUGCCGCGGCUUCUGGCCCCGACCUGGACUCGAUGAACCCUGCUCUUAAGAUUCACAAGAACGGCAGCGAAAACAAGGCCCCGACGCCUGUCAAGCUGUUUGGUCGCGACAAGGCCAUCAACCAGACAGUCAUUGUUAAGAAGGGAGCUUACAAAGGCUUGCUCGGUAUCGUCAAGGAUACGACAGAUACUCACGCUCGUGUCGAGCUGCACACCAAGAGCAAAACCAUUACUGUGCCCAGAGAGUGCCUGAGCUUCAAGGACAAGACUACCGGAGCCACUAUUGACAUCAAUGGUCGCGGCCGUGGAGGUCCCCCUGGUGCUGGCCGUGGAGGCGACAGAGUGCCGAGCUGGCAAGGAGGCUCUCGCACACCUAUGGGUGCCGGCGGCGGCGACCGCGUUCCUGCUUGGGGAUCUAGAACACCUGCUGGCGGUGCCGGUGGACGUACGCCCGCCUGGAGGGCUCAAGAUGUAUCUGGUUCUCGCACGCCAGCGUGGGCUGAUGGAUCGCGAACGGUUAACCCAUAUGAUGGCAGCCGUACCGCGUACGGAUCUGGCUCUCGAACUCCCGCGUGGCAAUCUGGCGCAAGAACUCCGGCUCAAGGCGACGCCUUUGGCGCUGGCUCUCGCACGCCUGCUUGGGGAGCUGGCGGCGAUUCUUGGGGCUCUGGAUCCAAGACUCCUGCUUGGGGUGCCUCGUCGGCCCCUACUCCCGGCGCCAGCGGAAACGACUCUUGGGGCUACACUCCCGGCGCUUCUGCCUCUCACCCUUACGAUGCUCCCACUCCUGGCGGUGCUUUAGGUGCCCCUACUCCGGGAGCCUUCAACGCACCAACCCCCGGCGGCGACUUCUCUGCUCCUACACCUGCAGUCAGCGCACCCACUCCUGGCGCCGGAUGGCAAGGCGGAUGGGGAGCCGACAGUGCUCCUACGCCGGCUGCUGGAGCUCCGACUCCUGGAGCCAGCUAUGGCGGUUCUGGAUACUAUGGCGCGCCUACUCCUGCGGCGCCUCCAGAGACGCCUGGUGCAAGCGGCCCGAGAUACACCGACGACGACUAGGGGACGACGGGUGUAUCGAGCGGUACGAUCGAAUGGUGAUAGAGAUUCUGCGGUUUGGUAACCAUUGGCGUUUUCAUUAUCAGUCCCUUUUUAUUUUACAUUGCGAGUUUCUCAGAGUUGUUUGUACGUCUUGUUUUCCCAGGCAUUUCCUUGCUGUUUUGUGUAAUACUAGCUAGCAUAACGCUGCGGAAAAGAAAAAUUGAAGUUGAGUUUGUUAAUCAGGGGAAGGGUCAAAUUAUGUGGAUGAGAGAUGUUCCAUCCUAUUCUUAUUACACUAGAAAAUAUGCAAUCUGUUUUAUAUUUAAAAAAAAUCAUCAGCUACAUCAUCGUUUGUAUGUCCAUCUCCUG